AUGCCCGAGCCAGCCAAGUCCGCCCCAGCGCCCAAGAAGGGCUCCAAGAAAGCCGUCACCAAGGUUCAGAAGAAGGACGGCAAGAAGCGGAGGAAGAGCAGGAAGGAGAGCUAUGCCAUCUACGUCUACAAGGUGCUGAAGCAGGUCCACCCCGACACCGGCAUCUCCUCCAAGGCCAUGGGCAUCAUGAACUCCUUCGUCAACGACAUCUUCGAGCGCAUCGCAGGGGAAGCCUCCCGCCUGGCUCACUACAACAAGCGCUCCACCAUCACCUCCCGGGAGAUCCAGACCGCCGUGCGCCUGCUGCUGCCCGGAGAGCUGGCCAAGCACGCCGUCUCCGAGGGCACCAAGGCCGUCACCAAGUACACCAGCGCCAAGUGAGCGCCGCCGCCGCUCUCCGGACCCAAAGGCUCUUCUCAGAGCCCCCACCCUGUCUCCAGCGGAGCUGCUCCCGGGUCUCCCCGUUCUCACAGUGGCUGCGGUUUUCCUCCCUGUCAGCUAGAUGAGAUGCGGUAACGCUAUCGGAAGUUACAAUACAAGCUCCCCUCAUCCUCCUCCAUGCCCGAUCACUACUCCCAUCAUCCUCCUCAGUGUGGCGCUCCCUGGAGAGAGGCUGUGCGGCC